AUGCAUGUGGAGGAGCUUUGGAAGCCAGGGAUUAGGGAAUGGGAUGAAGCUAAAUUAGUGCAGCUUUUAGCUCCAGAAGAUGUAGAAAUAGUCAAAUCGAUCAGAUUGUCAAGAUUUGCUAAUGAAGAUGUGUUUGUUUGGCCAUACACUACUAACACAGUGUAUACAGUAAAAUCAGGCUAUUGGGUGGCGACUCAUGUUGUGGAGGAUGGAGAAAGAAUAGAACCACCCCCAGGUCCAAUUGAAGUGAAGAAAAAAAUAUGGAAACUUCAAAUUCCACCAAAGAUACAACAUUUCUUAUGGAAAACUAUAGCAGGGGCAAUUCCAACAGCUGAAAGGUUAUGUUCCCGCAUCCUGAAUAUAGAUCCGAUGUGUCAACGCUGUUGUCUCUAUGAAGAAACGAUUAAUCAUGUUUUGUUUAAUUGUCAACAUGCAAAUUCUAUUUGGAGAUGUGCAGGAUUCACCCAGUUUGAUAGGUCAGACAUAUCUUUGGAAGACAACAUUCGAAUGUUAUUUCAAAUCCUGGAAAUGCAAUCUUUGACGGAGGAGAAAAGAUUCCUUCCCAUGUGGAUGAGUUGGAUGAUCUGGAAAUCGAGAAAUGACUUUCUAUUUGCACAUAGAAAUGUUCAUCCUCAGAACGAUGUGGAGAAAGGAGUUCAAGCUGUAGCGGAAUGGUUUAUUGCUAAUCCGUCCACUACGAUUCAAGAAAGAAGAAUAUGUGUGACACCAACAAGCUGUUGGGAACCACCAUCAUCAGGUUGGUUAAAAUGUAACUUUGAUAGCACAUAUAGAUCGUCUGCGUCUUGCAUGGGUGUAGGGUGGAUAAUAAGAGAUGACAAAGGACAGUAUAUAGAAUCAGGUUGGGCAAAAUUACCUCAGGUAGACACACCACUGCAGGCUGAAGCAAAUGGCUUUCUCUAUGUGGUUCAACGCAUAUGGAGUAAAGGUAUGAGGAAUGUCUGGUUUGAAGGAGAUAGCCUUCAGCUCACUAAUGUGAUCAAUAAAUGGGAAGAGAAUACAGAGUUGGGCAAUAUCCUCAUUGAUAUUCGUCAUUGGAUUUCACUUCUGCCAUUAUGUUCUUUAGCACAAGUGAACAGGGAGAAAAAUCAGGCAGCAGAUUUACUUUCAAAAUGUAUUUAUGAUUCUGUUGAUUUCUUUAUGUUGUAUGCAAGCCCACCUCAAUGGUUGGUUAAAUAUUUGUAUGCUCCCUUCACUAUUUAA